CAGCCCACCACCCCCCAAUCAUCUCAUCUCAUCGGAGGUCAGCAGCAGAGUGAUCUCUCCUCCGCCGUCCGAUCUCUCAUCUCACCAGUCAAUGGCCAAGAUCCAGCCCCUCCCAGCCUCCGCCGGCGCCGCCUCGCCCUCCGACGAGGCGGCCUGCACGACGACGACGACGUACACGGUGUGGAUGAAGUCGCUGGUGUUCAACGGGAACGGUUGCACGGUGUACGGCGCCGACGGGGCCGUGGCCUUCCGCGUGGACAACUACGGCUGCAGGGGCGGCCGGGAGGCCUGCUUCUUCAUGGACCGGGCCGGGAAGGCCCUCAUAGCCGUCCGCCGCAGGGGCUUCGGCGCCUUCCGGCGGUGGGAGGUCAGCCGCUGCUGCCACGGCGCCGCCGGCGCAGAGGAUGAAGACGAGACCGAGACGGCGGCGCCAUGGUUCGCGGUGCGGCGGGGCAAAGGCGGCGCCCCCAUGGUGGCGAUGCACGGCGGCGCGGGCCCCUGCUACAGGGUGGACGCUGAGGGGGGGAAGAAGGAGAAGAAGAAUAAGGCGGGGUACAGGGUCGUCGGCGCCGUGGACGGCGCGGUGGCGGCCGAGGUGGCGAGGAAGACGACGGCGGCUGGGGUCCCGCUUGGAGACGACGUGCUCUCGCUGACAGUGGGCCCCGGAACGGAUCGCUUGCUUGCCUUGGGAUUGGUGGUCGUCUGUGGCCUCAUGAACCGAUCCAUGUGAAUAUGUGAUGUGAUUCAUUUCUCGUCCCGGAGCAUGUUCACGGAAGUCUUCGUGCACCGCAAGAUUGCAAAUUUCUUUUGUUCAUGUAAUUCUUUUGCUAUAGUUUGGUAGUGUCGGUGAGGAGUUUGUCUUCCAGACGAAAAAUUUUAUUUAUAGGAGGAAAAAAGUCGAACACGCGCAUUUGAGGGCAUGUAGUCGUAGUACUCUUUUUUGGUGGAUGUUUUUCAACCUUCCAUGAGGGUUGUUUGAAAGUAUACAGCCGUGAGUUUUGUAAAGAUUAAAUCACAAUGAAACCAAAAUCGUAGGAAAAUCGUAAGGUGCUGUACAGAUAUUGAUUAUCCGUCUGGAAA